AUGACUGGCAAAGACCAACUACUUUUAAAAAUAAUUCAACUACACGAAGCAAAGCUAUUAGAUGUUACAACUGUAAUGAGAUGGGACAUUCUGCAGUUCAAUGUACUAAAGCAGCUAGACAGAAGGGUUCAUGUUAUAUGUGUGGAGCAAUGGAUCACCAAAGAAAAUAAUUGCCCCAAGAAUGAGUCCAGGAGGAAUCCAGUCAAGGUAGACAGUAACACUGCACUUUUUGUGGAACAGCAUAAUGCAAGUGGGUAUAUGUUGCCAAUUUGUCUUUUGAAGGACAACAUUUCUAUUUAUAUUGAUUCUAUUGUAGAUUCAGGUAGUGCUAUAUCCUUAAUAACAUUAGAUACUGUAAAAUCUUUCAAUUUUGAAUUUUGUGAUAUUCCUGAGAAAACUUUCCAGGGUAUUAACCAAAGUAGAUUAGAAAUUUUGGGUUCUGUUUUGUUUAAGAUGAAAGUUAAUGACAUAUUUAUUGAUUUACUUAUUUAUAUUGUACCAAACGAAACCAUACCAUAUAAAUGUCUGUUAGGUAGAGAUUUUAUGCAAAAUGACAACCUUACCAUUUCUUUUUCAGGGAAUAAAGUAGAGAUUUCUUCUAAAGAUAUUGAAAAUAAAAAUAUUGGCAAUGAUAUUUUACAUAUUGACUAUGUAGAUAAAAAUGAAAUUAAUAUUGAUAUCAAUCCUAAUUUAAAUAAUUUAGAUAGACAAAAGUUAGUUGAUAUUUUUAUGACUGAUUAUGUAAAUCCAGAAAGACCUAAUGAACCUAUGACUAAAUGUGAAAUGAAAAUUGUUGUAGAUCCAAAUCAUGUUCCUUUUUAUAAUAAACCACGUAGGUUAUCAUAUGCUGAAAAAAAUGCUGUACAAGAAAUAAUUAAUGACUUGUUAGAUAAGGAUAUUGUUCGUAAGAGUAAUUCAGAGUAUAGUUCACCAAUAGUUUUAAUUAAAAAGAAAACUAAUGACUUCAGACUAUGUGUAGACUAUCGUUCAUUAAACAAGAUCACUUUACGGGAUAAUUUUCCAAUUCCACUGAUUGAAGAUCAACUUUGUCAACUUAAAGAUAAACGUUAUUUUUCAACUUUGGAUCUCAAAAGUGCUUUUUAUCACGUUAAUGUAGAAGAAUCUUCAAUUAAAUACACAUCAUUUGUAACUCCCAGUGCUCAAUAUGAAUUUUUGAAAAUGCCAUUUGGUUUGCGCAAUUCACCAUCUGUUUUUAUGCGAUACAUUCAUACUAUAUUCAAGCACUUAAUGGAACAUAACAAAUUACUAAUAUAUAUUGAUGAUUUAUUAAUAGCAACAAAAACUGUUGAAGAGAACUUAGAUAUUCUAAAAGAGAUAUUUUGCUUAUUGGUUCAAAACAAAUUGAAUCUCCGUCUUGACAAAUGCUCCUUUUUAAUGACUGAAAUAAAUCAUUUAGGCUACAUAAUUAAUGGUGAUGAGAUAAGGCCAAGUGAUAGACAUAUUAGUGCAAUUAAAGAGUACCCAGUACCACGAAAUGUUAAACAGUUACACAGUUUCAUAGGCCUUACUUCAUAUUUUAGAAAAUUUGUUCCCAACUUUUCAAUAAUUGCUGGACCACUUUAUGAUCUAUUAAAAAAGAAUGUUUCAUUUGAAUUUGGAAGAGAACAAAUGAAAAGUUUUUAUAGUUUAAAACAAAUUUUAAUGUCCAAACCUGUUUUAGCUCUCUAUUCUCCUACAGCUGAAACCCAAAUCCAUUGUGAUGCAAGCUCUAGUGGUUAUGGUGGGAUAUUACUCCAAAAGCAAGCAGACCAAAAAUUUCAUCCAGUGUUCUUUUACAGUCAGAGAACUACGCAAGCUGAAUCUAAACAGCAUAGUUUUAUUUUGGAACUAAAAGCCGUUAUCAACACACUUAACCGAUUUAGAGUAUACUUAUAUGGAAUUAAAUUUAAGAUACUGACAGAUUGUAAUAGUGUAACAACAGCUUUACAGAAGAAAGAUGUUAGCCCUAAGAUUAUGAGAUGGAGUCUCAUUCUUGAUAAUUUUGAUUAUAUUAUAGAACACAGAAGUGGAACAAGCAUGAAGCAUGUUGAUGCUUUAAGUAGGUGCUUUGGAAGUAUUUUAAUAAUAGAGGAAAACACUUUUGAACAUAAUUUAGCUAUUAAACAAGGGCAAGAUGAUAUUAUAUGUAACUUAAAGGAGACGUUACAAUCCAGUGAGCAUAAGUUGUUUGAGAUGAACAAUGACAUACUUUAUAGAAAAUGUAAUAAUUUACUACUAUUUUAUGUACCUGAAUCAAUGGAAAACAAUGUGAUUAGGAGUUGCCAUGAUGAAUUAGGACAUGUGGGCUUAGAUAAAUGUUGUGAAGCCAUAAAAGAAUGUUACUGGUUUCCUAAUAUGAGACAAAAGGUAAGAACUUAUAUUACAAAUUGUUUGAAGUGCAUUGUAUUUGCUCCUAACAGUGAAGAUAAUGGAAUACAGCAUGUUCUUGUAGCUACUGGUGUACCAAGAGCCAAUGGACAAAUUGAAAGGUUCAACCGGUUUAUUAUACCAAUGAUAGCGAAACUAACCAAGGGCCCAGAAUGUUGGGAUCAAGUACUUAAUGAAGUUGAAUUUGCUGUCAACAACACUGUUAAUCGAACUACAGGUCAGACACCUUCUAAGCUAUUAUUUGGAAUGAACCAAGUAGGAAAUGUCAAAGAUAAUUUAAAGUAUUUUCUGUCAUCCAUUAACAAAGACAAGUCUGAUAUUAAUGAAUUACGACAUAAUGCAAGUGACAAGAUAGAGAAAUCCCAAGAAGUCAACAAGCUGUAUUAUGAUUCAAGACAUAAACAAGCUUCAAUUUAUAAUAUUGGUGAUUAUGUCAUGACACCUAACAUUGAUGUUACAACCUGGUUCAAGAUAAAUCAAAUGGAAGUAAAACAAGAAUUUAGUGAAAAGCUGUAUAAAAUAGAACCAGUAGAUUAUGAGGUGGAUAAUUGUGUUUUGGAUAGCUUUAAAAUUGAGACUACUGAAGAACCUAAGAGAGAAAGUACACAUAAUACAUCUGAUUAUUUAGAAAACAAAAUCUCCAUUAAGACUGAAAUAGAACAAGAUCAUACACCUAAAUUAUUGGAAGAGAAACAAACAAAGAAAGCAGGUUUUUCAUGUAAAGAUAUAAAAACUGAUCCAAGUAAUAUAUUAAAACAAGAUAAUGAUGGAAGUAGUCAAUUGAACCAGUAUUUAACUGCUGCUAUGACAAUGAAAACCAGAGAAAAACCUUUUAUAUCAGAAGUUUUUCCUAAACAGUCUACAACACCCACAGUUUUAAAAACCCAUGAAAGAAUGCUUAACAGGGAAAAAGGUUUAAGGUGUAAAAUAUGCAACAAACAGUUUUUAUAUCAUUCCAAAUUAAAAGCACAUGAAAAAGUUCACACUGGAGAAAAAACAUUUACAUGCGAAAUUUGCAAGAAACAAUUUAAAAGGAAUUAUGAAUUAAAAAGACAUUUAAUAGUUCAUACUGGAGAAAAACCAUAUACAUGUGAAAUUUGCAUGAAACAAUUUACAAGGAAUUUUGAACUAAAAAGACAUGCAAUAGUUCACACUGGAAAAAAACUAUAUACAUGUGAAAUUUGCAUGAAAAAAUUUACAAGGAAUCCUGAACUAAAAAGACAUGCAAUAGUUCACACUGGAGAAAAAUCAUUUACAUGUGAAAUUUGCAAGAAACAAUUUAAAAGGAAUUAUGAAUUAAAAAAACAUUUCAUAGUUCAUACUGGAGAAAAACCAUAUACAUGUGAAAUUUGCAUGAAACAAUUUACAAGGAAUUUUGAACUAAAAAGACAUUCAAUAGUUCACACUGGAGAAAAACCAUUUACAUGUGAAAUAUGCACCAAACAGUUUUCAACUAAUUAUGAGUUAAAAAUACAUUUAAGAGUUCAUACUGGUGAAAAACCAUUUGCAUGUGAAAUAUGCAACAAACAAUUUUCAUGCAGUUCCCUAUUAAAAAAGCAUUUAAGAGUUCACACUGGAGAAAAACCAUUCACAUGUGAAAUUUGCAUGAAACGUCUUUCAAGUAAUUAUGAAUUAAAUAUACAUUUAAGAGUUCAUAGUGGUGAAAAACCAUUUGCAUGUGAAAUUUGCACCAAAAAAUUUUCACGAAGUUCUAAUCUUAAACAUCAUAUGGUGAGUUCAUACGGGGAAAAACCAUUUGCAUGUGAAAUAUGCAACAAACAAUUUUCAUGGAGUUCCCAAUUAAAGAUGCAUUUAAAAGCUCACACUGGAGAAAAACCAUUCACAUGUGAAAUUUGCAUGAAACAACUUUCAAGUAAUUAUGAAUUAAAAAUACAUUUAAGAGUUCAUACCAGUGAAAAACCAUUUGCAUGUGAAAUAUGCAACAAACAGUUUUCACUACAUUGCAACUUAAAACAACAUAGCAGAGUUCACACUGGAGAAAAGUCUUUUGCGUGCGAUAUUUGCAGCAAACAAUUCUCAAACAAGAAUGGCUUAAAGAGACAUAUAUCACUGCAUACUAGUGAAAAAAACUAUCAAAUGGAAAAUAUUUAA